AUGCAGAUUUUCCACACCAUAAUAAUUGCUGCUUUGGCUACCUUUGCCGCUGCAGGUAUAGCGUGUGUACAGCGUCUUGUUAACAUACGUGUAGGAGGAACUACUUGCCCUGACGGCUACAACUGCGCGACGGGAAUUGUCGGUGGGAAUGGUCCUGUUGGCCCGUACUGCGCUCCAAACCCACGACUGCAAGCAGGUGCGGAAAUUUGGAGAAGAGGGGAUUCGUGA